AUGAGUACCACAAGGACGCCGAGCCAGCGAUCGGGAAAGCCUGUCAAGCUAAGGGCUAGCUGUGAUUUCUGCGCCCUAUCGAAGGUCAAAUGCGACCGCGGUCAGCCGCAUUGCGUACGGUGCAUCAAGAGCGGUAUUGCCUGCAACUAUAGCGAGUCUCGUCGCAUCGGCAAAGCCUGGCACCACUGCGCAUCUUCGAGGUCUAAUAGUUUUACCACUCAAGACACACGGCGAAAGCAGGAGGCAAUAUCUCAGCAUCCACAAAAGGGGGGAACCUACCAAGAUUGUCGAACCCCGAGCACCUCUGACAAUGCUAUGUCGCCAUAUGACCCUUACCAGUCAUCUAACUAUGCGACACCCUUCAGCAUGUUCCAUACCCUGCCUUCCCCAGCUUCCGAGUCAGCUAUAGGAUCUCAAACUCACAUUGGACCUUACCCUUGUCUCGACGGAACGGCGGCACCGUUUCGAAGCCCUGAGUCAGCUGACAUGUCUCUUCCUGAUCUCCUACACGUGGCACGACUACAAACGAAUGAGAUGGGAGGGGAAUGCCCUGCAGACCCACGCGGCAAUCCCUCGUGGGAUGCGAUUAUGGCAGAACAUGCUAUUGGUGUCGGCGAGAGUGGCGACUGCAUUACACGCGCAGCCUCAGUCUUGCAGAGCAUGCGUGGCCCGCGGAUAUCCUGCAUGCGAUCGAGAACUCCCCCGCUGAAUCAUCCACAAUCGUUGGAUGCGACCCUCGAUGACGGUCGUACGGCAAUGGAAACAGUGAAGGAGAUCUUGGCUUGCCCUUGUGCUCAGGGACUACGCAUCGCUCUCUUGUUGGUGCUUAUCAUACAGCAGGUUUUGGAAUCCUACCAAACCCUCCUGACACAGCAACAUGAAACAUCACAAGAUGAGUCACCCCUUAGCAUGGGCCUGUCUACCUAUGAUACCCCGAUGGCUAUUGGCAGUUACCUCCUGGACAAUGAGCUACGCUCAAAAAUUAUUGCCCAGGUUCUUUUGUCUGAGCUGGAGAAGAUCGGAUCAAUUCUGAACGUGUUGGCCCGGCAUGCACAAGGCAUGGCUCAUCAGUCCGAUCAGCUAAUCUUAAGGACCUAUAUUGACUCAUUGCAAAUGUCCCGAGAAAAGGUUUUCGAGUCGAUUCACCAGGAGGAUGACUUUUAG